GUGAGCUCUCUGAUUGGUGGAAGCAACCCUCUCCGCGUGACUCUUUGGCUUGAAAACCGGAAGAGGAGGUGGUUGCUGCAGACACUGCCCCCGCUAUGCAGAGGGAGGAGAAGCAGCUUGAAGCGUCAUUAGAUGCACUGCUGAGUCAAGUGGCUGAUCUGAAGAACUCACUGGGGAGUUUCAUUUACAAAUUAGAGAACGAGUAUGACCGGUUGACCUGGCCCUCUGUCCUGGACAGCUUUGCCCUGCUCUCUGGACAGUUGAACACUCUGAACAAGGUCUUGAAGCAUGAAAAGACACCACUGUUCCGUAACCAGGUCAUCAUCCCUCUGGUGUUGUCCCCAGACCGUGAUGAAGAUCUUAUGCGGCAGACGGAAGGACGAGUACCUGUUUUCAGCCAUGAGGUAGUCCCUGACCAUCUGAGAACCAAGCCUGACCCUGAGGUUGAAGAGCAAGAGAAGCAACUGACAACAGAUGCUGCCCGCAUCGGUGCUGAUGUAGCUCAGAAGCAGAUCCAGAGUUUAAAUAAAAUGUGCUCAAACCUUUUGGAGAAAAUCAGCAAAGAGGAACGAGAAUCAGAGAGUGGAGGUCUCCGGCCAAACAAGCAGACCUUUAACCCUGCAGACACCAAUGCCUUGGUGGCAGCUGUUGCCUUUGGAAAAGGGCUGUCCAAUUGGAGACCUUCAGGCACCAGUGGAUCUGGCCAGCCAGGCCAGCCAGGAACUGGAACAAUCCUUGCAGGAGCCUCAGGAUUGCAGCAGGUGCAGAUGACAGGUGCUCCAAGCCAGCAGCAGUCAAUUCUCAGUGGGGUGCAAAUGGCCCAGGCAGGUCAACCAGGGAAAAUGCCAAGUGGAAUAAAAACCAACAUCAAGUCAGCUUCAAUGCAUCCCUACCAGCGAAUAAAGUCAAAGUGCCCGGUUCGACCUUCAAGAUCUACAUUCAGCCACAGCCACAGCCAGCUUCACUUUCCUUCUUUCCCUUUCACUGCCUGGAAGGCCAGUGUAGCCAGCCAGUGACUCACUCCCUGUUCCUGCCCCAGGCCACUUGUGUGUGUGUAUGUGUGUGUGUGUGUUUAAAUAAAAAGCAAAUUAAAUACUUUAUUACAGUUUAGUGCUUUCUUAAAUAUCAUAUAAUAUCAAACACAGUGAGACACAAAACACACAUGUGCAUAGCAUGUAACAAGGGUUUCACUCGAUGCAUUUCAGACCACACCAUCUGCCGCCCGGCCUGUAUAGGGCAGAGGGGCUAUACCCCAGCCACUUGUAUUUUCCCACCUCCAUGACA